AUGUCUUCAACAACUUACAACUCUGCUUCUACUUCUGUUGACCCUCGACAAUCACGAGAACUCGUCGACGACCUGGGGCUGAACAGUACACCUUUCAACAAUCCGCCAUUCAGUAACAAUUAUCUAUCUCCCUGUAACCAAUCUCAAAUCAACAGCAAUUCCACGAGUCCGUCGAAUAACCUAAAUAGCACGUCUGGCGACAGCUUCUCUGAAUACAGUACCUACCAACAGAGCGAGCUCAGCGAGAUUGAGAUCGAAGAUCCAUUUUUCGGGGUAGAUUUCAGUAGAAUUGACUCGCUCCCUUCGAAUCUUCUCUCGAGCGACACUUACCAGCCGCCUGAUUUCAACCGUUCUCUGCCAGACCUCCCACCUCAACUCGAAAGCAAACCAUCGACCGAGACCUUUACGGCAUCAACAUACCCGCUAAGUCCGGUAAAUAGCAGUGUGCCGGAUAUAUCAUCUCCAAAAGGUAUUGCCAAUGAACUGAAGACGAACACAACAACCUCUCGGCGCCCAUUGAAUGACGAGUUACACACCUCGCAAUUUCCGGCCUUUGACCCUCUUAUUCCAGCAAAUAACUCGACUGUUCAAUUGACUCCUGAUCAAAGUGGAAGCAGUCAUACAAGCGCGGAGAGUUUUGAGCCGAGCACCAUGGCCCAUCUCGAGCGUAGUCCGCAUGUCACUGUGUCUCAAUGGGGAGACCACGAACAAAGUCGACUGGGAGCCUUUGUUCAACCUGUUGGCCAUUAUAACCAGAUGGGAGAUUUUGGUGCCGAAUUACCAAAUCCAAACAUGAUGCAUGCCCAAGCACAUAUUCUGCGAGACGAAGAUGGAUCCUGGAUGUUGAAUGACAGGACCCGCCAAUCGGGUUUGGACCCGGAAAGACGCAAAGUAAUCUCAAAUGCAGAAGUUCCGAAUCUAAAAGAACAAGAAGAACGGCGGCGCAUUGAAAACAAAAACAUCGAGGUCCAGGAGUGGAGGUCUCAAGCUGGCGGGAGUAGUGAUGCGGAUGAUGAAAAGCCUGCCCAAUCCUAUUUUCCUGUGAACAAUGAGGAGUGGUACCAACAAUCGAAGUCGGGCCCUGGACGCGAUGCUGCUGAGGAAAAUAAUAAUAUACCCCUGGUUGAUGACGCCGAAAGUGUACAUGAGAACAGAUUAAUUGAGGGUCAAGUAUAUUACCACCCCGAGGGAAAGGAUGGCGCCCCUCUCAACGAGGCCGAUAGGCAAUUAAUGAAACAGCCUCGCCAUUGGAACGACGCACCAUCGUUUCCGUUCGCACUGACAACCACAUUUCAACCCCCGACAUCAAACGAUGCCAUUCGAGAAUUCAAGCGGAAUGCGGAUACAAUUUCCAUUGCCUCACGUGCAGCCACUUGGGGCACUCGGCGGCGUAGUGAGCCCAGCCUGGCAGAUUUCGAUGCAGUUGCGGACGGCAGUUUCCUCAAGAAACUGUCAAUUAGCAAGUCAAAAGAAUACGAAAGGCCUCGUCAGAACAGCUUAUUUGACCAAGGGCUUGAUCGAAUAGCAAAUAUCGUUCGUAACAGGAGCGAUAGCAAGCUGAAGCGUGCUCGAAGUACACAGAACAUUCCGGAAGAGGUUCACGCAAUGCCCCAUUCGAGACAGAACAGCCAGGGCACUCUGGCGCCUCCACCGCGGACCUCGAGUUUUGGCAAACGCCCGACGCCGAGCAUCAACACAGCUUUUGCAUAUAUGGCUGGCCCCCUCGCCGCCGUGGGAGCUACUCAUACGCGUUCUGGAUCAGUCAGCGCAACGGCGACUUCCCCCAGGAGCCCAAAUCAUCUUGGUAUCAGAUCUGUGAUCAAGCGCGCUCGAAGCAGAAGUGAAUUGACGUCACAAGAGAAGGUGGGCCAGAUAGGCCUUGUUGAUCUCUGGAGAGGUCAGGGAGGUCCACCACUUCCCACGCUGGCUUCACCGCCAAUCGAACCCGAACCAAAGCAAGCGGAACCGAAGGACUUGGACGAGGAUGAGGAUGAUGACGACGAGCAGGGAGACGACGCCGACAUGAAGGUCGAAUCAGACGAGCAAGCGGAUCCUAUAGUACCCAAUUAUGAAGGAUUCAAAGCUCAUGUCCGGCGUUUGAAUGGUGACAUGGACCCUCGAUACAACUGGCUAGUAAGCAGGAUUGCACACCAACAAGAAAUACGAUAUAAAAAUCUGCUUGAUCUACGGGUCAAGCACUCGCAAGCCAUUGGAAACCAGCACUGUGCAGCAGGCCGUCAUUGCAUAUCCCUAGGAGGAAGUGCUACUUUGCUAGACGCCAAGGGCCAGCCGCGCGACGCAGAGCAGACUGGACCUUUGCAGCUUGUUACAGAAUUUUCCGACAAUGACUCCAAUCCCGGAGAAGGUGCUCUCAAUGGGGAAACAUUUCCUCAGGGCGUCCCAAUGCCCCCAACGCGCAAUCUUCCAGCCGAGUUUGAGUGUCAACUGUGUUUUAAAGCCAAGAAGUUUCAGAAGCCUUCAGAUUGGACGAAACAUGUUCAUGAAGACGUGCAGCCAUUUACUUGCACGUACGACAAGUGCAAGGAACCAAAGUCCUUCAAGAGAAAGGCUGAUUGGGUUCGACAUGAGAAUGAGCGCCAUCGUCACUUGGAAUGGUGGAUAUGUCAAGUGGAGGAUUGCAGACACCCUUGCUAUCGCAAAGAUAACUUUCUGCAACAUCUUGUUCGGGAGCACAAGCUUCCAGAGCCGAAGCAAAAGACCAAAGCCGCUAUCAAGAAGGCUCGGUUGACUGAGCCAGCGUGGGGAAUGUUAGAACAGUGCCACCAUGAAACGCAGAAUCGACCACAGGAUGAGCCUUGCAAAUUCUGCGGGAGAUCCUUUGCGACAUGGAAGAAGUUGACAGUUCAUCUGGCGAAACACAUGGAACACAUCAGUCUACCCGUUCUGAAACUUGUUGCAGCAAGAAAUGUUGAUGCCAACACAAUCAUCAGCCCGGUGGAGCAAAUCUUGACUCCCAUAACUCCUGGGGGUAGGGAAAAAAUGGAAUCUGCUAGUCCGUUUAAUAUGGACAGCAUCUCGCCCCAUGUCCCCAUGCCUUCACCUUAUCCUUCAACGGGAUUCAAUCAUUCGACGUACUACCAAACCACUGGAUCAUCUACAAAUUUUACACCAAUGACCCAGGAAACCAUGUAUGCUCAAAACAAUAUGUACUCUAACCCAAAUGCUUUUGGCGUCCACCAGAUGGAUCAACCCCGGGCGUUUGGGUCGCUCGACUCCGGUAAUGUUAGCCAUGUCAACCAAAACAAGGGGUUUGCACCUGCCAAUUCUGGAUUCUCGCAGCCUAAUAAGGUGGAUCUAUCUCGCGGUUAUGGCUCUUUAGACGCCAGCUUCUCUCAUCAGAUAUCUGAUCAGAGCUACAACUCCAAUCAAGCCUCUGGCUUUUCCAUGCCACAAGACUAUACGUCUGCCCCGGCUGCUGUUUCAAAUUAUUCAACCACGAAUAUGCUUGGCAUCAAUGAUUCCGGCUACGGUUAUGAUUCCAUGGCUGUAAAUGCCGCGCAGAAUUUCCAACAAGUGCCUAUGAGUCGUGCACCUGGAAGUAAUACUUCUUAUGGUCAACAUUCACCACAGAACAUGCCUUAUUAUGGCCCCCAAUGA